AUGAAUGAACCAUUAUUAACAUCAUCAAACGAUUCUCUUGAAUUAUCAUUUACAGAAAAUACAAAUGAAACAUUCGAAUCUUAUUCAUUAUUAUUUGAUAAAGCUAAACAUAAUUUUUCUACAAGUUCAGAAAUAUCAUUUAUUAAACAUGAACUAUCACCAAUAGAUCAAAAUCAAACAAUAACAACAAUUAAUAAUGUAUUAAAUGAAAAUUCAAUAAAUUUUAAUCCUUGGCUUUUAUUAUUUACACAAGAUGAUGAACCACAACAACAACAACAACAACAACAAACAGAUAAAAUAGAAACAUAUGUUAAAAUAACAACUAAUAUACUUAAUAAUAGUAAUCAAAACGAAUCAUAUGACAAAAAAGUAUGGAUCAAUCCUCGACAAGGUGAAACAAAAAGGAAGACAGUCUUGCAUAAUCAACAAUAUCAAUCAAAAAGGUAA